AUGCUAGAAAUAUGUGAUGUGAAGACUGUUGACUUGCUCACUAGUGCAAUAAGCAUGAACACUCGAAACAGUAGAUGGUAUGCUGUUUUUACCAUAUCUCUGGAGAAGAUUGGAAUUGACGAUGACGCGUUGGAGAUUGAUCUGAGCAAAGCGCUCUUGGCCGAUGAAGACAAAUUACUGGAAUUGGUCCAGAAGAAAUUUGACGAAAUGAAUUGCCAGAAGCCCAUCAUCGAACAUCAAUGCAAGCGAUUCAAGUUGGCGCUUGCACAAACGCUUGGAAUUAUUGGGAGUAGUAUUGAAGAGUAUAGCACCGAUGUUGGACGUCUAAUUAGUGAGGAACAUGAAGUUUCAACGUAUGGAACGGCUCAUAUUGGUAGUGGUGAUGAACUUCUGGAUGACACGUUUAACACUGAGUCGGAAAAUCAACUUUUUGUACAGUUUUUCUACGUUUCAUUCCUGAUGUUUUUCUAA